AUUACGAAAUAAAUCUGGUGUCAUUUUCGAUGAGAAAUUCACUUAAAGAAAUAUUCUGUUAUUUAUAUCAUCCAGUUCGAUCCGUCUGCAAUUUUUUCCAAGAUUUAUUUCAAUUGAUGAAUAGUUUCACGAAAUUUGCUCAAUUUAGUUCGGAUUUUGAUCUGACAACCUAAAUCAUUGAGGGAAUUCUUGUUUCUUCUUGUUCUUCUCCUAUUUGAUAUGGAUUGCUGGAGAUUUUAUUCUGAAUUCCCCUAAUUUGCAUUGUUUUUUAAGUGAGAUGCUUUUUUUCUGGGGUUUGAAUUAAAUUUGUUGGAGUUCCUUUUAUAUAAAGUUUUUAAGUAUCUUUCUCAGGGGAGAGAGUCCUCUCCAGUAGGUGAAUUCCGAUAAUUUAGAUUCCUCUCUCUAUCUAGGAGCUCCAUCACAAAGAAAAAGAGCCCUCGUAGAGAAAGGCGAGAUGGCUUUGCAGCAACAGCUAGAUAAGUUUAAGCAACAGCAAGAAAAAUGCCAGUCAACCCUCAGCAGCAUUGCAAAUCGAGCAGCACCCUCGAAGAGCACCCCUCUGAAGCCCUCUUCGCUUCCACAGAAGCCCUCUCCGCUUCCACAGAAGCCCUCUCCACUUCCACAGAAGCCCUCCCCUGCAACCAAAUUCUCAGGUGAUACUGAGAGGCUUCAACAAAUCAAUUCUAUCAGGAAAUCCCCAGUAGGAGCUCAGAUGAAACGUGUCCUUGACCUUCUUUUAGAGACUAGGCAAGCUCUCACCCCUGAGCAGAUAAAUGAAGCAUGCUAUGUUGAUUUGAAUGCAAACAAGUUGGUCUUUGAUAGUUUGAGGAAGAAUGUCAAAGUGAAUUAUGACGGGAAACGCUUCUCAUACAAGUCAAAACACGAUGUGAAGGACAAGAAUGAACUGCUUCAUCUGAUAAGAAAAUCUGUAGAAGGCAUUGCUGUUGUUGAUCUCAAGGAUGCAUACCCAUCUGUUUUGGAGGAUUUGCAGGAGCUGAAAACGGCAUGCCAAGUCUGGCUUUUGUCGAACUUUGAUUCUCAAGAGGAUAUUGUGUAUCCAAAUGAUCCAAAAAUAACAAUCAAGGUUGAUGAUGACAUAAAGCUGCUAUUCAGGAGCAUCGAGUUGCCAAGAGACAUGGUUGACAUUGAGAAAGAUUUGCAGAAAAAUGGCAUGAAGCCAGCCACUAACACAGCCAAAAGGAAGGCUAUGGCCCAGAUUGAUGGCAUCAUUCGCUCUAAGCCCAAGACCAAGAAGAAGAGAGAGCUGAGCAAGAGGACUAAGCUCACCAAUGCUCACUUGCCUGAGCUGUUUAGGAACCUUAAUGGUUCAGACUCCUGAAUUUAGAGCUCUAUUUUGAGGCAACUGAAAGAUGGCCAAACCCAGUUUCUUUCUUUUUGGGAUUUCCAUGACGACAAAGAGAUCAAACUAUUCUGCUAUUCGAGAAUGGAUGCUGUAUGGGGGUCGAGAUGAAACUAAUGUGCACUUCGCGAAUGGAUGAUGUGCUAUUAGUAAAUAGAUUCAUCUGGUAUGCAUCUCUCUCUCUCUCUGUCGGGUUUCCUAAUUAAUUAUUGGGGACUUGUUGGUGGGUUGUUUGGUCCCAGUAUGUGAGCCAUUUCAACUGGAAAUUUAGUGUUGGGAUAUGGGGCGUUUUCUUCACAUGCAUGGAACUGCACAUAUCAUGUUUCUCAUCCUUUUUUUGUAUUUGCUCUGCUUAAAUUGUAAGAUUUAUGCAGUAUAGAAAAUAAAAUUUAUAUGAGGUGGAUGUUCCUGAUACUGCUAUAUAAAUCGGCUUGUUAUUUCUUGAAUAUCAUUGUUCUAGGACUAUGAAGUGGUGUUAUUCUGGUGGCAGGGCCAUUUUAGUUAUUUUUUACCUUGUUUUGCGACUUGCUGGAAACUGGAGAAUUCUGAAGAUUGCUCUAACCAACUAACAGUGGAUUA